UAAAAUUCCUUUAUCUAUCCGAAUCCUGGGGUUUGGGACAUCGGGGAUUUGCCCACAAAUUCUUCUUCUUUCUUCUCCCAUUUCCUCUAUCCGAAUCGAGAGCCAUGGCUUCUCUCUCGAGCGGCAUCGCCUCUUCCUUCCUCUCUCAAGCCCGAUCGCCUCAAGAAAUCCCCCUCCCCUUGAUCCAAUCUCGACCCACUCGCCUCCCAGCUCGAUCUCUCAAGAAGUCUCUUCCAUCGAUCGGUGUUCGAAGAAUCGCUUCUUGUCCCUCUUGGACUCACUACCCCGUCGUCUGCAAAGCCGUUUCUAUGAAGCCCCAGACGGAGAUCGAAGGCCUCAACGUCGCUGAAGACGUCACUCAGCUUAUCGGGAAGACCCCAAUGGUAUAUCUAAAUAAUAUUUUGAAGGGAUGUGUUGCCAAUAUUGCCGCCAAGCUUGAGAUUAUGGAGCCAUGUUGCAGUGUUAAAGACAGGAUAGGCUACAGUAUGAUAGCUGAUGCUGAGGAGAAGGGGCUUAUAACCCCUGGGAAGAGUAUUCUGGUGGAACCAACAAGUGGGAACACAGGCAUUGGGCUUGCCUUUAUUGCUGCUGCUAAAGGAUAUAAACUGAUCCUGACAAUGCCUGCAUCAAUGAGCAUUGAAAGACGAGUUCUGUUGAAAGCUUUCGGGGCAGAACUUGUCCUUACAGAUUCUGCCAAGGGCAUGAAGGGAGCAGUUCAAAAGGCUGAAGAGAUUUUAAAGAACACACCAAAUGCCUACAUGCUUCAGCAGUUUGACAAUCCUGCAAAUCCGAAGGUACACUAUGAGACUACUGGUCCAGAAAUCUGGGAAGAUACAAGAGGGAAAGUGGACAUAUUUGUUGCUGGAAUUGGAACUGGUGGAACUAUAUCUGGUGUUGGGCAUUUCUUGAAGAGCAAAAAUCCUAACAUAAAGGUUAUUGGAAUUGAACCUGCUGAAAGCAAUAUACUUUCAGGGGGAAAGCCUGGUCCACACAAGAUUCAAGGCAUUGGGGCAGGUUUCGUACCAAGGAAUUUAGACCAUGAAGUAGUUGAUGAAAUUAUAGAGAUAUCCAGUGAUGAAGCUGUUGAGACGGCAAAGCAGUUAGCUCUUCAGGAAGGACUGCUGGUUGGCAUAUCUUCUGGAGCAGCGGCUGCUGCUGCUAUGAAAGUUGCAAAGAGACCAGAAAAUGCUGGGAAACUUAUUGCAGUUGUCUUCCCAAGCUUUGGUGAGAGAUACCUCUCCUCUGUUUUAUUUCAGUCGAUACGAGAUGAAUGCGAGAAGAUGCAACCUGAACCCUGAUCAGUACUGUUAUGUUCAAUGACAGCUGUCAAUCAGAUUUUCCUUCAAAUUGUAACAAGAGAAAUUUGAGUCUGUCAAUGAAAUAAGGGAUUUGCAGUCUGGCCCUUUAUCUGCCAACAUUUCUCGUCAUGAUAAAUAUUGAGGAAAGCAAAUUGAAAUAAAAAACAGCUCUCUGUCACUCUCUUUGGGUAAAAAUUUGCACCGUUUCUUGUUCA